AUGGGCAACAGUCCCUCCAAGAGUCCGCCAGGAACCUCGCACCCUCCGCUAGCCGGUGCUCAUAAUGUCCCCGGCCAAGAGCGAAGGGUGAACAGGCGGACCUCCAUCAAUGCAUUGUCAGGCACAAAAGCGAGUGCCGCAGAUCCCUCGGCUACCAGAGAGAGCGCGACAGGCCAGCCGGUUUCUCAUGGUGUAGCCGCAGUACAGCAACGUCUACAGUCGCGAAAUGUUACUCCUCAGACGACACCGCCAAUUCAUGAACUACCGGACAGGACUGGUGGCAGGGGGUUUGAUAAUCGAUAUCCAACCCGAGAGGCGGUAGAGGCUUCCAACCCGGUUCAAGUUCCCACAUCAACGAAUCGUGCCGGAACCAGGAGAGAUGAAGGCUACAUACCCCACGAGUCGUCAGCCAAUCCUGCAAAUAUCCCAAAUACAUACUAUUCAGCAUCGCACCUCCAGAGAGGUCCGCCUCGAUUACCUCUACCCAUUGGAGAUGCCAAUGCUACACCCGGUUCCCCGGUCAUUGCGCCGGCGGAUUCGCAAGUGGAUUCAGUUCCAUUUGAACUGGAGAAUCAAGUACCUCAAGCAACGAUAUCGCUUGAUGAUCCGCAUGUCGAUGAAGAUGAAGUCGAAGAUGAGUUGCUGGCAUAUGCCAUGCAUGGCCCAGGUCAAAAAGCAGUACCGACUGUGAUCGAAUGGAAGGGUGCCGGAGACCGAGUAUUCGUUACUGGUACAUUCGUGAAUUGGGAGAAAAAAUUCAGAUUACACAAAAGUGAUACCGAACCUAAUAUCAAGUCAACCACACUGCAUCUUCGCCCUGGAACCCACCAUCUCAAAUUCAUCGUCGAUGGAGAUAUGCGAGCUUCGGAUGACCUCCCCACUGCCGUCGACUUCACAAAUCAUCUAGUCAACUACAUCGAAGUCGUAGCAGAUGAUUUGCAAGGCCAACGAUCCCGCCGCGAAAGUGAACGAACGAUGAGAGCCAUGGUCCCCGCAGGCGUUCAUCCACCCCAAGUCCUCCCCGAAACCGUCACAGCCCAACAAACCCAGGACUCCCUCGACAAGGACGAAGAACCCGAAGAAGAGCCCGAGGAGGAAAUUCCCAUGGGCAAUUUCAGCGGCACCGUCCCUCAAUUCUUAGUGGAUAUUGACCGCGAAGAGGAAGACGCAGACUAUCAAAGAGCCGCAAAUGUGAUCGCUGAUGCUACUACGCCACCAAUUCUACCUCUGUUCUUGGGUCGAUCAAUUCUGAACGGCACAACGCCGAUGAAGGAUGAUAACAGUGUCUUGAAUUAUCCGAACCACACGGUGCUGAAUCAUCUUGCGACAAGUAGUAUCAAAAACGGCGUUUUGGCUACAAGUGUCACGACGAGAUAUAAACGAAAGUAUGUCACUACUAUAUUGUACAAACCCACUGGUGAUACUAUGUAA